CAUAAUGCCUCCCUGCAGGAGAAAAGGGGUCACCAUCAGAAAAGCUAAGUUUGCUAUACAAUAAGGAUCAGGAGCUCUGACCCUGGUUGCAGAACCAUUUCUGUUUGCAGAAUACAGGCUUGUAUUCCCACCUCAUCCUUCAGACCAUAGGAGAUCUGUAAGAUUCCAUCUGGGAAUCUCCUAGGAGUCCUUGGAAGGGAAAGAAAGAAGAUUGUUGGUUGGAAUAAAAAGCAGGGUUGAACGAGUUCCAGAAAGCAGGCUUCUCAAACUUGUGGACAACAAUCUGCUGAAGAAGACAACUUUAAGAAGCCAGCUCGAGGCAACAUGCAUAGAAGUAAGAUGAGGGGAGCUGCCUCAGGAAAGAAGUCAGCUGGUUCACAGCCAAAGAAUCUUGAACCAACCCUCCCAGGAAGGUGGGAGGGGGGUCACUCCGCUGAGAACCCCCCUUCUGGCUCUGUGAGGAAGACAAGGAAGAACAAGCAGAAGACUCCGGGCAAUGGAGCCGGUGGCAGUACCAGCGAAGUGGCCCAGCCCCCUCACAAGAAAAGGGCUGACCCCACUGUGGAGAGCAAGGAAGCGUUUAAGAAUAGAAUGGAGGUGAAAGUGAAGAUUCCUGAAGAAUUGAAACCAUGGCUGGUAGAGGACUGGGACUUGGUUACUAGGCAGAAGCAGUUGUUCCAGCUCCCUGCUAAAAAGAAUGUAGAUGCCAUUCUUGAGGAGUAUGCCAAUUGCAAGAAGUCGCGGGGAAAUGUUGAUAAUAAGGAGUAUGCAGUUAAUGAAGUUGUGGGAGGGAUAAAGGAGUAUUUCAAUGUGAUUCUGGGCACUCAGCUGCUCUACAAGUUUGAAAGGCCCCAAUAUGCUGAAGUUCUUUUGGCUCACCCUGAUGCGCCAAUGUCGCAGAUCUACGGGGCUCCACACCUACUGAGAUUAUUUGUGAGAAUUGGGGCAAUGUUGGACUUUGAUGAGAAAAGCCUUGCAUUAUUGUUGGGCUAUUUGCAUGAUUUCCUUAAGUAUCUGGCACAGAAUCCUGCCUCUCUGUUUACUGCCAGUGAUUACAAAGUGGCUUCUGCCGAGUACCAUCGCAAAGCCCUGUGAAGGUCUACUGACCACUCACUAUUGUCUGGUAUCUGUAAACACUUCUGUUUAGUCCUUUCAUUGUAUAAUUGACGUUCUUUAAAACUGUCAAU